AGCCGAAUUUUUAAAAUGAAGUUCACCACCAUUGCUGUUCUCGCCCUCGUGGCUUGCCUCGCCUACGCUGAAGACGCCAAGAAGGCAAGUGAGAAGGACGAAAAGAAGGACGAGAAGAAGGACAUUGAGGGCCGUGGCGGCUUCCUAGGCGGCGUGGGUCUGGGAGGCGUCGGCUAUGGAGCCGGAUACGGUGCUGGAGUAGCUCCCGGACUCGUUGGUACCGGCGUUGGAGCUGCGGGUUUGGGCGCUGUCGGAAACCCUGCCCUUGUUGGAGCUGGCGUUGGUCAUGGUGCUGGCGUUGGAGCAGCUGGUCUGGGCGCCGUCGGAAACCCAGCUCUUCUAGGAGCCGGUGUCGGUCACGGAGCUGGAGUCGGAGCCCCAGGUCUCGGCGUUGUCGGUAACCCUGCUCUAGUUGGAGCGGGCGUCGGUCACGGCGUCGGUCACGGCGUCGGUCUGGGACACGGUGUCGGCCUUGGACAUGGAGUCGGUGGUGGCUUCCAGUCAGGUUAUGGUGCCGCUGCCGGUGGACAGCAGUCCGGUUACCAAGGCGGAGCCGCUGGUCACAACCAGGGAUCUGGCGCCUUCGCUGGUGGCGCGUCCCGAAGCACCGUGAAUGCGUUCAAGAACAACGCUGGUUACAGCCACACCUCCGGAUUCUCGGCCAGUGACAGCAAAAACUUCGGUGCGGGCCACAAGCAGGCAUCUUCUGGAUUCAACAGCGGCGCCGCUGGCCACCAGGCCGGAUUCGGCAAGACUGCGCAUGGAGGUGCUGCUGGUGUCGGAGCGGUCGGCCUCGGCGUUCAUUAAUG